AUGAUAGCAUCAAAGAACUGGAUAGUUGGCAAUGACCUUUGCGCUUUUCCGAAUGAGAUGGUCGAUAUACACCUUCAGAAGUGCGACCAAGCUGAUGACAAUUGGUCACUUAUGAAGUGUAAAGUUAUUCAUGAAUUAGAAUCUCUGCAGUCUGCAAAAGAUCUGUUAGCUUCCCUGCAAAUACUGCAAUCUCACCUUGAAAACACUUCAACGGAUGAAAACACUCUGCCACAUAACACUGAGAAGCCCAAGAGAGGUGUAAUGAAACGUAAAGAAGAUUUUCUUUACAAUUCAGUAGACAUGGAUGUGGCUGAGAUGCAGGCUGGGAAUAUCCGCGUACAAUAUCCGAAAUUGCGUGUUUUCGACAAAGUGAUAUCUCCAAUCGCCAAUUCAACACAAUUAGAGACAUCACCAUCAACAUCGGAAUGUAAGCAUGUUGGUGGCGCUGUAUUGGACCAGUUGUAUACUGUGGGACAGAUUUAUGGCAAUGGUCACUAG